GACCAUUCGUCGCACAAUGCAAGCUCAAAAGUAAAAGAGAGGAAACUACAAGGGACCUGUCCUGCUGUCAGUCAUGGAAACUAUGGAAAACCAUGUUUGAGUGAAAGCAGUCGUAGGUCCCCGUUUUUUAAUCCCCGUAAUGGUUUCCACACGAUACAUUCAGAGCACAGUCCUGUGAAGCCAAGGAUUAUUACAGUGGUGAAACCUGGUGGACAUACACUCAGAAGGAUAACCUUGCUUCUCAACAGGAGAUCGGUCCAGACCUUUGAACAGCUGAUGGCUGAUAUUUCAGAAGCUCUGGGAUUUCCACGCUGGAAGAAUGACCGUGUGAGAAAGCUUUACAAUCUGAGAGGCAGAGAAAUCCGGAGCGUUUCUGACUUCUUCAGGGAAGGUGAUGCAUUCAUAGCUAUGGGGAGGGAGCCCCUCACUUUGAAGAACCUGGAAGUGGUAUUACAAGAACUUUACCCUGAAAAUCCUUAUGCUGCCAGUGCUGCCAUUCAGCAGAAUGAGGAGCAGUCUCAAAAACUGAAGAGCAGGCUGUAUGACAAGGCUCCCAAAGUGGACAGUGGCUUUGAUGAGACAGAAAAUACCAAGAACUGCAGCGAUGGCAUGUCUCCCAAAUUGAUAGCUGGACAUGAAGGAAAAAGUCAAGCCAAGGCAAAACAAGAGGAAAAAAUAAGAACCAAAAAAAAGUGGACUAGAGAGAGCUGGUGUAGUGACCCAGGAGCAAAGCCUUCUAGAAAAACACGAGAGAGGUACCUUAACCAUGAGAGAAGUCCUGAGGAGCGAUUAGAAGAGAGUUCAGAGGGGGUGGCGAGGUGUGAGAAGUGUGAACAGGAAAGGCAGGCCAGACAAAAGUUACAAAGGGAAACGCGAGCUGAGGCCCCAUUUGAGAACAGAGACCUGAACACAGGUGCAUGUCAGAGGUACCACUUAGAAAGAAAUGCAAAAAUCAGGAAUUGCCGAAGAUCUUCAGAAACUUGUCUGGAAGGUGAAGAAGUUGGUUGGAAAGAUAAUGGCUGUAGGAGGAUGUGGAAGCCUCUACAUAGGAACAUUAGUGAAGGGCUGGAGAAGCAAAAAAGGAGCAUUGAGAAGGAAAGGGAUGUGGAGAAACAUGAAAACCAUGGGAAGGAAGUAGUAAAAUUCAAGAAGAAUGCUGUAGAAGGGCUGCAACUAACUCAUGAAGCGAAGGAAGAGAAUGGAAGUAGCUGCGUGAUGAACCAAAGCGGUUGGCUAAAGAAAGAUGCCCUGAGGGAUGCUGAGAAACCAUCUAAAACACAUAGGGAGGGCAGAGAGGGACCAAGGGCUAAAGAGGAGGGUGCCAGAAGAGAGGGGAAUAUCACGGGUAGAGAGUGUGACAUGACGCGACGAGAAAAAACAGGGGAGCGCAGAGUGAAUAAAGAAGAGAACAAGGCUCAGGGAUUGGAAAACUCGAGCCGGAGGCAUGUCAUUAAAAACAGAAGUGAUGUGGAAAAACACUAUGAGAUUGGCAGAACUAUUGGGGAUGGAAACUUUGCAGUGGUGAAGGAAUGUCGCCACUGUGACUCCAAUCAGAUCUAUGCCAUGAAAAUUGUUGAUAAAUCCAAGCUGAAGGGGAAAGAGGACAUGAUGGAAAGUGAAAUUCUGAUCAUUAGGAGUCUCUCUCAUCCCAAUAUAGUAAGCUUAAUUGAAGUGUACGAGACAGAAGCUGAGAUCUACCUAAUCCUAGAGUAUGUCCCAGGAGGGGACUUAUUUGAUGCAAUCAUAGAAAGUGUGAAGUUCACGGAGCAUGAUGCUGCUGUCAUGAUCACUGACCUGUGUGAGGCACUGGUUUAUAUUCACAGCAAGAGCAUUGUCCACAGGGACCUCAAACCAGAGAAUCUUUUGGUUCAGCAUAAUGCAGAUAAAUCUACUACACUGAAACUAGCAGAUUUUGGCCUUGCAAAGCAGGUUACGAAACCCAUAUUUACUGUGUGUGGAACACCAACGUAUGUUGCCCCUGAAAUUCUUGCUGAGAAGGGCUAUGGGCUCGAAGUAGAUAUGUGGGCAGCUGGUGUGAUCCUUUACAUUCUGCUCUGCGGUUUUCCCCCUUUUCGCAGUCAGGAACGUGAUCAAGAAGAGCUGUUUCAGAUCAUACAGCUGGGUCACUACGAGUUCCUUUCCCCCUACUGGGACAAUAUUUCUGCAGCAGCAAAAGACCUCAUAACCAGACUGUUGAUAGUGGAUCCCCAGAAGCGCUACACAGCACGACAAGUACUUCAGCACCCUUGGAUCAGAACAGCUGGAAAAACUAACAGCAGAAAUUUGCAGAGGGAAGUGACAAUAAAUAUUGAGCGUCAUUUCCGGGCCCAGCGCCGAAAGGAAGUUGCUGAUGAGGACACAUGAAAUCUCUUCAAGCUCGUUUCGUCAUCUUUUUAUUGAUUAACAAAUUAUUUAUGCUUUCUUUUCUAAAUGAAUUGGGCCUUUAGUGUAUAACUGUUGCUGGCUAUUGCCAUGCCUUUUUUUUUUUUUUUUUUUUUUUUUUUUUUGAUUCUGAGAUCUGAAGAAGGACAGAGAUCAAAUUCACAUCCAUCUCCCACCGAUAUUACUUGGGAGUUUCUCUGUUGACAGCAGUGGGGACUAGAUUUUUCCUGGAGGAUAUCUAUUAUUUUUCUUUAAAUACUGGUUUGGGCUUUUACUUUACAAAAUGU